AGGCGCUCCCGUAGAAAUAACAGGAUUCGCUCAAGGCGUGACGACCGAAGCGCGUUCACGUGGCUGGGCAAUACAGCAUCAUCAAAACACUGAAACACACCUCCAUCCAAACAGCUCAGCUCCUGGCCGGAAUAAACAAAAACACAAAGUAAAGACAAACGAGGGAGAAGAAUAUUGCGCGCUCGAGUGCUUUUAAUUUUAAUUUUUUUCUUUUUUGCAUCAGUCCGGAGCAGGAUUGGGGAAAUUUUUCCGUGUCGACUACCCGGUGGUUCUCUACACCUACCUUGUGCCUUUGAACAAAAAAAAACAACAAAAAAAACACACACACACAGACACACACACACACACAGCGGGGAAGGAGACGGAAUCAUCUGAGAGGCGGCUGUCUAGAGAGGAGGUGGAGGACAAUGGAGGGGAUGCAGGCAUACGGAGCCGGGAAAGCCGGGGGAGCCUUCGACCCUGUCACCUUCCUCCAGCAGCCUCAGACCAUUCUCCGCAUCGUGUCGUGGCUCUUCUCCAUCGUGAUCUUCGGCUGCAUCGCCAACGAGGGCUACAUCAACCGGCCCGAUGAAGUGGAGGAGUACUGCAUCUUCAACCGCAACCAGAACGCCUGUAACUACGGCGUGUUCAUGGGCUCCAUGGCCUUUCUCUGCUGCGUCGCCUUCCUGGUUCUGGACGUCUACUUUCCUCAGAUCAGCAGCGUAAAAGACCGGAAGAAGGCCGUGUUGGCCGACAUCGGGAUUUCAGCGUUUUGGUCGUUCAUGUGGUUUGUGGGUUUCUGCCUUUUGGCCAAUCAGUGGCAGGUGACCAAGCAAGAGGACAACCCCUUGAGAGAGGGAGGCGACGCUGCUCGGGCGGCCAUCACCUUCUCCUUUUUCUCAAUCUUCACCUGGGCGGGCCAAUCAUUCCUCGCCUUCCAGAGAUACAAGCUGGGGGCCGACUCCGCCCUCUUCUCCCACGAAUACACCGACCCCAGCCAGGAUGCGGCCGGAGCGCCCUACACGUCCUUCGGAGGGGACGACUUGGAGAGCCCGGGCGGCGGAGGCGGCCAGCCCAAUAGCGACGGGGCCUUCGACGGCUCCGGAGGCUACCAGCGCCAAGACUACUGAGACGUUGAGGUUCAGAUGUGCUUUGGGAUUGAGAUGUUGUUGCCCAAACAAAACAAAACAAAAAUUCUGAUCUGAAUGAAUAUUUUAGUUGUUUUCUGUCACUGAAAACCACUGCCUCAGACCGACCCUGGUUACGGGUCUCUAAUAAUCGGAGUUUAUGCAAUUCUGAUGAGUAGAUUGGUUUUAAACCGCUGUUUGACACAACGGCUGAAAGUUGACAUGGUAACUCAGACAUGUGGGUUAUGAUCUGUAACAAUUUGUCUCAGAAUUAAUAGUGUGAGAGGAUCAUAUUCUCUACCUUGGUAGAAAAUUUGUAGAGAUUUAUAGAGAUUUUCUACCAAUGGUAGAAAGUAUAACACUAAUCAGAGGGACAGUUUGUACCAAUUACUUUUUCUGACUUUAUUGUGUUGCUUGAUGCUCUCUUCAUAUUUGGAUAUAUUUCUAGAAUAUGUUAAAAGGUUUUAGCACCCCUGGUCAAGAUGGUUUAAAAAGCCUUAAAAUAAAUGAUCAUUAUCUCCAACAUGCUAUUGUUUUUGUUGCAUUCCUCUAUUGGCAACCAUGGAGGACUGUUGUUUGCCUCCCACACUGUCAUGUUUGCUGUGCAUGGUGGUAAAAUAGAGUUGGGAUUAACCUUUUGUUCCUUUUUUAAGCCUUUUAAUUCUUACUCUGAUGGUAGACACGGCCAAGUCCAAACUGGAAUCUGACAGUGAACCUGAGAAGGAUGUUAAAAUUAGGGUGAUGGCAGAGAAUCUGUCAAACCUCAAGAUGUGGAGUUCCUCGUCAAAGAUAAACUGUCAUAACAUCAGCAGAAAUAUGCAAAGAUUUAAUCAGCAAUUACAAGAAAGGUGAGCGCAGCAAUGACAUUCAAGAUUCGCUGAUUAUUAAGGAGGUUACAAAUAAUUUUUGACAAUUGACACAUAGACAAAGACAGAUAAUUCAUAUUUUUCAAAAGUCACACUUUAGAAAAAUUACGACAAUGAAUGUAAUGGAUGUAACUUUACAUCCAUUACAAUGUAAUGUUGUCUGAUCUUUUUACAGAAACUUUUAUGUUUUCUUUCCUAUCAGGAACAAACCUUUAACUUGAAUGUAGAACAAUUAUGGCUAAUUGUUGGCUUAACUGUACUUCUUUAAAUAAGAAGAGUGACAUGAAUCUUCCUUUCAUCAAUGGCACAUUUUCUUUAUUUUUAUCCCCAGAAGGCAGGGCUGAGACUCUUCAUAGAAUUACAUUUAAUAGUCCAAUUAUGGUUUAUAUUAUUUUUUUUAUUGAAUUACACUCUGAAUUAGGAGUUUUAGAAUGUGACAGCCGUUGACAAAUAGUUGAGAUUGGGUCAUUUCUCUUACUCGUUCAUUUGUUGUUGCCAGUCAGGUAUAGUGUAUGCUGUUUCAAUACAGACUUAGCAGAGUUUUUUAAAAAGUGGAUUUAUUAAAGAUUGCUUUAUUUAAAAGCACGUUUGGAAACCUGCUAAGGCUGAGGUGACGAAAAGUGACAAAAAGCUCAGAAGAAUGAAGCAGAAGUGAUUAAACUAACUUAUCAGCAUUGACGUGUGACUGUGAAACUAUGAAAAAUUAACAUUUCUUCAGCUUCACCACAGUACACUUUACAUUUAAAGGUGUUACCUUUUUUGCUUAUAUUAUUAUGACUAUUAUUAUUAUUUAGAACUAGUAUUUUAGAAGCAAUAUUGUCAGUUUACAAAUUGGCUCAAAUCUUUGAGGAAUUAAACUGCAAACCACAACAAAAACAAAUUGUGAGAAACAAACUGAGAAUUGGAGUGGCUCUUGGGGGACCCCUGCUGGCUGGAGGCCUUAAGCAGCAAUGAUUUGAUCAUGUCCCUUCCUGUUUGCCUGCAGUCUAAAAGUUAAGGGACUUUUAGACCGUAAAAGUCCUGCCUUGUGGCCUGGAACUAAUAGUUCCCGUGUGUAUUAUCAACAACUAAAGGAAUUAAGUAUAAAAUGACCAAAGGAAAGGCUAGGGUCCAAAUAAGUGUGGUACUGGUAAUUUUGUGCAUAUAUAAAAAGAAUUGAAGGAAUUUAAUUUUUUUCUUCUAAAUACCUAUACCCAUAAAAGGCAGUUUCUUUUUCCAUUUUGUACUUUAAAAAAAUAUAUAUUUAUUUCAGGGCUUUUUAACAUUUUUUACCAGGGGUUCCAGUGGAUGUAAAGGUACUGCGGUCGUGGUUUCCACUUUGGAGACGUAUGUGAUGUGGACAGGUGUGGGAAAAUGUUUUGAAACACAAGAAUUAGUUGGAUAAAAAUGGUUUGGAAAUGGAGGGAACUAUAAGGAGGUUGUGUAGUUAUGGGGAAAUGAUCACCCUUUUGCAAAUCCAUACUCCUGAUCACAUUGUUUUCCUCUCAGUCAGCUCAGUAACAUAAAUCACUGUCAGCUAUAAAAACUCCCACAUCCAGAGCGGGUCAUAAAUUAAGAGUAGAUUGAUUUUUAAUGAGAUACCCGGUUUCAUGCAGGAUGCAGCAUAUCUGGUAUCUAAUAACAGUGUAUUUAUGUGUGUGUAUGCGUGUGUAUUGCAAUGUUUUGUUUCUCUGAUACUUGUACGUGAGACAGAUUUUUUGUUUUGUUUUUUUUGUUCAACUGUUGCCUUAGUGCUGACUGCCAAGCAAAAUGCAACCAUCAAAGGCGACACACUUGUCCCAACUUACACUUUUCCCUCCUAACCGUUUUCCACUAAAGUUCAUUUUUUUACAUUUUCUGCGGCUUUUGGUCUCAGAGGGCCCAAAAGAGAGAACGAAACCAAGCUUUAGUUAAAACGAUGCUGCAUUAUCAAUGCCACAUGUGUCGACGUUAUCAAAGGAACUCUUCGUCUCGGUUUUAUUUCAACAACAGGAUUCAAACAUGUACCUCCUGAGUAUUUAUGAACACGCAUUACUCUAUUUUCUUCCAAAGUAAUGUACACCUAUCUCUCUCUAUAAAUAUAUACAUAUGUGUAAAGCGAUAAUUCAGUGUUUGACAGAGAUUCUGCUUUAUUUUAGGGCAUUAUUCUAGUUAUGUAUAAUAAAAAAAAAUUAUAAUGAAAAGACAAGAUAAAAAAAUUCUAUUGUCUGUUGGUGUUAUUGUGAUAAGAUACAUAUGAUGAGGCUCCCUAUGCCUCAUCUUUUAUGUUGCUUUUGAGAUAGGGAGAUGUUUUUAUUUUUGGGAUAACAAUACCAUAACUACUAAAAUAAACAAAAAGAGAGAAAAAUUCUAAAGUAUAUUUACCCAUAUGUACUUUAUACCUCUGUGUAGUCGUAGAAAUGUGUGAUGUUUUCUCUGUGAGAUUUGUUAAACAAAGCAAGGUACGGCUUCAGAACAACAGUGUGUGUUUUUGAUGUAUCUGGUUUCAGUCAUAAAAAUAAAGAAAAUACUGAUAAAUA